AAUAAAAGAAUUUUCAUUUCUUUAUUUCUCAUUUGAUUUCCUCUGGGAAUAAAGAAUCGUGAAGGCUCCUCAGUUUUCAGUUUCGGAAUCAUCAUUGAUACAGAUCGAUCUGCGUGCAGCGUCGCAGCUUUCUCUCGCUGCUCUGACUUCCCUGUAGGGAAUUUUGAGAGUCAUGGCGUUCUUCAGGAGUUUGACGGCUCUUUCCAAGCUACGGUCGCGUGUUGGACAGCAGUCUAAUCUGAGAAACUCCGUUAGAUGGCUUCAAAUGCAGAGCUCAUCCGAUCUUGACCUACAAUCUCAUUUGAGGGAAUUGAUUCCAGAGCAGCAGGAUCGCCUGAAGAAAUUCAAAGCAGAACAUGGAAAGGUUCAACUGGGCAACAUCACUGUUGAUAUGGUACUUGGUGGAAUGAGAGGAAUGACGGGGCUACUGUGGGAAACAUCUUUACUUGAUCCCGAUGAGGGUAUUCGCUUUAGGGGUUUGUCAAUUCCUGAAUGUCAAAAAUUGCUACCAGCUGCGAAGCCUGAUGGAGAACCAUUACCUGAGGGCCUUCUGUGGCUUCUUCUCACAGGAAAGGUGCCAAACAAAGAGCAAGUAGAUGCAUUAUCCAAGGAGUUACAAAGUCGAGCCAUUGUUCCAGAUUAUGUAUACAAGGCCAUUGAUGUUCUUCCUGUUACAUCUCAUCCGAUGACUCAGUUUGCGACAGGUGUCAUGGGUCUUCAGGUUCAGAGUGAAUUCCAGAAGGCCUAUGAGAAAGGAAUUCAUAAAUCAAAGUACUGGGAACCAACAUAUGAAGAUUCACUGAAUUUGAUUGCUCGAGUACCUUUGGUAGCUUCUUAUGUCUACCGCAGGAUAUACAAGGAUGGCCAUAUAAUUCCAAAAGAUGACUCUCUGGAUUAUGGUGGGAAUUUUUCACAUAUGUUGGGAUUUGACAGUCCCCAAAUGCAAGAACUCAUGAGGCUCUAUGUUACUAUUCAUAGUGAUCAUGAAGGUGGGAAUGUUAGUGCUCACACUGGCCACCUUGUUGCUAGCGCACUUUCAGAUCCUUAUCUUUCAUUUGCUGCUGCUCUAAAUGGUCUGGCUGGGCCAUUACAUGGUUUGGCAAAUCAGGAAGUUUUGCUUUGGAUCAAAUCUGUUGUGGAUGAAUGUGGAGAGAACAUAACUAAGGAGCAGUUGAAAGACUAUGUUUGGAAAACACUAAACAGUGGCAAGGUUGUUCCAGGAUUUGGUCAUGGAGUUCUGCGUAAAACAGAUCCAAGAUAUACUUGUCAGAGAGAGUUCGCCUUGAAGCAUUUGCCCGACGAUCCUCUUUUUCAGCUGGUAUCCAAUCUCUACGAAGUUGUGCCACCCAUCCUGACAGAACUUGGCAAGGUUAAAAACCCAUGGCCAAACGUUGAUGCUCAUAGUGGAGUGCUGUUGAACUACUUUGGUUUGACUGAAGCAAGGUACUUCACUGUUCUCUUUGGCGUUUCAAGGAGUCUUGGAAUUUGCUCUCAGUUAAUAUGGGACCGAGCUCUGGGAUUGCCACUCGAGAGGCCAAAGAGCGUGACGUUGAAAUGGCUCGAGGACUACUGCAAAAAAGCAGCUUGAUUUAAAAUGGCUGACUAAAAAAUGUUCAUUCAGCCUUCACAAAUUGAUCCAGGGUGAGAGAUCUCUUCUCAUUUGUAAUAAUUACUCAAGCAUGGUUAACCACACAGAUGCAGGAUCAUCUGGAACUACUUUCGGGGAUUAGUAUUUUUUUAGAAUCACUUGUGUUUUAAACUUGCUGGGUUUUCUGACAAAUUUUUAUUCGUUCGGCCUCAUUAAGUAGUCAUUAGAAGUACAAUAUUCAGGAGAGGAAAUGGUGGGAGCCAUAAAUAAAAGGGUUUGAAUACCUUGAAGUAUA